CUCAGCUACCCAAUUUAUGAGUACCAUGGAGGUUCUUGUUAGAACCAAGGUUUCUAUUUUAUUACCUAGUUGGGAUCAUGUAGAGGAAGUUGUCAAGAACCAUAUUUGGGCAGAUAUUACGGAAACUUGGGACAUUCCUAGGACAGAGGACAUGAGAAGGAAAACCCUCUCUAUUGUGGCUGAGAGGUGGAGGGCAUAUAAGACCAGCCUCACGAACAAUUACAUUUUUGGAAAAAAGAAAGGUGAAUUUCCUGGUCAUAAGAACCCCACCAUAGAUCAAGAGACAUGGAACGCAUUUGUAGAGUCUAGAAUGACUAAAGAGUUUUUGGAGAAAAGAAAGAAGGUACAAGAGAUUCAGACAAACAAUGACACCAUUGUUGUGAUGGAGGAGAAAAAGUUGAUGAAAGAGAAGGCUAUCAAGCGUCCAGCUAGCCAAGAUGCGACUACAGUUAGUGGUCCUCCUUCUCCACCCACGCGCUAUAAAUUAUGGAAGCAUGGUCGCAUUAAAAAAAUGGGCGAGUUUACAACUGAGGCAACAAAAGUGAUUGCUAACAAGAUAGAUAUAUUGGAACAAAAGUCCACAGAGGGAUCUUUUGUUUCCCAUGGAUGCCAGGAUAUACUCACAACUACAAUUGGGAAGCCUGAGCACCCAGGUCGGGUUCGGGAUGCUGGUGGAGGUCAUAGUUUACAAACCUACUUUGGAUCACGCUCAUCUUCACAAACAUCUGGCACGGUGGACCAGUUAGUGGAACGAAAGGUCUCUCAAGUUAUGGCAACUUAUGAGAAAAAAUUUAGUCAGAUGCAGGAGGAGAUUCAUAAGCGGCUACAAGAGGACAUGCAAAGGCAACUACAAGAGCAUAUGCAAUCACUCAGGCAACAAUUUCAACAAAGUACUCCAAUAGUAGAACCAUUUAUUGCACGUGUGAGUACAAAGGGAUCAUGUGCUUCUAUUGAUCCCCCUGUUACUGCCACUGGCCCGGGUACAUCUAAUAAAUGUGAGUUGUUUGUGGAUGGAUCACUCGAUCCUGUGGGUAUAAGGAAGAUUCACAUAUUAGGGUCCACUGUACACCAUCAAGUCAUGGGAGAUGAUAUGAUUAGGGUUUCAGUGUUGGAUGUGAGACAACCAGAGGCUAGAGUUCCUGUGCCCACAGAGGAGGUUCAGACAAUGAGACAAGCCUUGAACACCUUCCUUCAAUGGCCUCAUAAGUUAGUAAAGGUGAUAUCUACAAAGGAUAUUGUUACCUCACCAAAGGGUAAAGGGACGGUCAUUGUUACCCCUUCUAGAAAUCUUCUUCCAAUAAAAAGGCUAUGGAGAUUAGUUGCAGAUAUGGAAGAUGACGAGCAACCCAAACAACUCCCUUGGCCUCCUGAAGUGUUUAACAUGUCUAGUAAAGUACCUCUAUAUAUAAGUCAGAGUGAUAUAUCAGAGAUUACAAAUGGUCAUUGUAUGCUAAACAUAUCAAUUUUGCAGUUAUGGUUGUUAUUUAUCCAUAAAUUGAGCAUGGAUAAGGGAAAUGAUCACAUAUAUGGAUUUUUGGAGCCUGAGUCAAUCCAAAAAAGUGGGAACAAAGUCGAAGAAAUACAAGCUUACAUUCAAAAUUGGAUGUUCGACUCAAAUAAAAAAGUUUACUUGGCCCCUUAUUUUUCUGAUGCUCAUUGGCAACUUUUAGUUAUUUGUCCUAUGGACAACAUAGCUGUAUGCAUUUGCUCGUUGCAUAAACCUCCUCCUAUGGAUUUUAGACAAUUAUUAGAUAGGGCCAUGGAAGGAUAUCAUAUACUUAAGGGUUCAAAGAUGAAGAAAAAAAUGAGUUGGGUCUCUCCUAAAUCUCAUAAACAAAAAGGAAAUUAUGAGUGCGGAUACUAUGUAAUGAAGACAAUGCAUACUAUUGUCGAUUCACAAAUAGUAUCUGGGUGGACUGAAAUAUUUAUAGAUCGAUCACCAUUGCCGCUAGAAGACAUAAACAUCAUUAGGGAGCAAUGGGCCACAUUUUUUAUUAACUAUUACUUUAACUAG